GUCUAGAUGGCCUGAAUACAUUUCUUCAACAGCCUGGCGAACACUGGAGGAAGCAAAGUGGAAUUCCCCACAAUUACUUCCAUUCACUGAAGAUGUUAAACUCCUUCAUAUAUAUCUUGACGAGCAAGAGAAGACCUAUCGCAAACUAUUGUUAACACAGCCAUCUUCUCAGCACUGGGCAAAACUGGCCAAGAUCACGUUAACUCAGGUUAUGCUUUUCAAUCGUAGACGAGAAGGGGAAGUGUCACAAAUGCCGUUGUCUGCAUACAUCUCCAGCAACCAAUCGGAGGCUCAUCCAGAUAUUAGCAUGGCCCUCACAGAUUUAGAAAAUAAACUAUGUCAGUACUUCAAGCGUGUAGAAAUCAGAGGCAAAAGAGGCAGAAAGGUUCCUGUGCUUCUCACACCUUCCAUGCAAGAAUCAAUCAGCCUGCUUAUUGAAAAUCGGAGUAGGUGUGGAAUACCAAAUGAAAAUCCUUUCCUCUUUGCACGUCCAUCUGCAAUGACGUUUUUCAGAGGCUCUGAUUGCAUUCGAGAAUUUGCUGUUGCAUGCAGCGCAAAAAAUCCUCAGACUCUUACUUCAACAAAGUUGAGGAAACAGAUCGGGACACUUUCUGAAGUUCUUAAUCUUAGCAACACAGAGCUAGAUCAGUUGGCAGACUUUCUAGGCCAUGACAUUCGAGUUCAUCGUCAAUUUUACAGGUUACCCGAAGGCACCCUCCAACUGGCCAAAAUUAGUAAAAUUUUUCUGGCCCUCGAAAAAGGACGCUUGGCAGACUUCAAAGGGCGAAAUCUUAAUGAAAUCAACAUUGAUCCAGAAGAGGAAGUUACAGUGGACAGUGAUUUGGAGGAGUCCCCUUCUAGUUUGAAAGCACUCGCCCAAACCUGGCUCCUGAUCAGGCACACCUGCACCCCAUGA